AUGAAGCCCAUCGGCGCUACGACUGCCUUCGCAUUUCUAAACAGUGCUUUUCGAAUCACCUACUUCUUCGUCCGGAUCGCCGAAGUCGGAUCUGAAAACGAAGUCUUCGUUCGCACCAUAACGGUUGUGCGCAACGACUUCCUCGAAGUCGAGCGCCUCCUGUCCCACUCAUCCGUACAAGCCAGGUUGCUCCCCACACCGAACAAGCUCGUUUGGAUCAAGGGCUCCCUUCAGAGCACCAAGUCAGUCCUCAACGAGAUAGGAAGGAGGGUGGAGAAAGCAAGGAUGGAGCAACAAGCACUCGGUUCAGUAAAGUUUGAGAUCAGGCUUAAGUGGAUCUUCAAUGAUCACGAGAAGUUGGUGAAUAGGCAGACUGAGUUACCAACUUGCCAUCAUCAAUUGUCGAACGUGUUGGCGAACUUAGUGGGCAUGGAGGACGUUGUUGCCGCGACGGAUCCACCGAAGUAUAAAGAUGCGACGUGUUGUCUCCGAGGCAAAGAAGACGCAGUUCGCAGCCUGCUAAAGACAACCUCACUAUCGAUAGUAUAUCUCGAAACAUAG